AUGGCCGACACUGGCGGCUGGAGCACCAUCGAGUCCGACGAGGGCCUUUUCACCUCUCUCAUCGAAAACCUUGGCGUACAGAAUGUCCAAUUCGAAGAGCUCAUCUCCCUAGACGCAGACACAAUACGGUCUUUAGGCCGGCGCCCGCGCCGAAGCCCCCUCGAUGGAAGCUACGAUCCCACCGCCGCAGAAAACAACGUCUUCUUCGCGGCCCAAACAAUCCAAAACGCCUGCGGCACCCAAGCCAUCCUCUCCGUAAUCCUCAACCACGAAAACCCUCCCCAACCUCUGCCCCCCAUCACCCUAGGAAACGAGCUCCAAUCCUUCAAAGACUUCACAACGGGAUUCCCGCCCGAACUACGCGGCGAAGCCCUCUCCAACUCGGAAGCUAUUCGCACCGCACACAAUACUUUUGCUCGCGCGAGCCCGUUCGCGGAUGAGACGGCCCGUCCUCAGGAUGAAGAAAAUGCUGCGGAUGUGUAUCACUUUAUUGCGUAUACGCCUGUUAAUGGGACGCUGUAUGAGCUGGAUGGCUUGCAGCCGCAUCCGAUCAGCCAUGGCGCGUGUGACCCGUCUACAUUCCCGGAGAAGGUAAUUGAGGUCUUGCAGCGGCGUAUUGCGCGGUAUCCGCCUGAGGAGACGCAUUUCAAUUUGAUGGCGGUUGUGCAGGACCCGCGGCCGAGGGCGCGGGAGAUUGGGGAUGUGGAGACGUUGGAGCGUGAGGAGCGGAAGAGGGCUGCGUGGGCGUGGGAGAAUACCCUGCGGCGGUGGAAUUUUGUUGGGUUUAUCGGGGAGAUGAUGAAGGGGGUGGUUGGAAUGAAGGAGGGGCAGGAUGCAAGUGGGAAAGCGUAUGAGGAGUGGGUGGAUGCCGCGAAGAAGGCGACGAGGAAGAAGUUAGAGAUGCGCCGAUAG